AUGUCGGAGGAGGUCUGGCUCAGUCGCCUCACCCACGCAUUGAGUACCGAGACCAAGGAGAUCAUGGGACUUGACUUCUCCGCGGGAACAUCAAAUAUUCAAAUGAUGCGGUAUGAUCAUCGCAAAGACCGAGUGAAGACUAAUCCUAAACCGUUGGCUGCAGCAUCUCUACAAGAUGAGAAGAUGACACUGACAACAGGAAGCACAACACAAGUGAUUGGAUGGUACCACCCUCAUCCUCAUAUCACUAUACUUCCAUCUCAUGUAGAUGUUCGUACACAAGCAAUGUAUCAAUUGCUAGAUGCUGGUUCUAUUAGGCUGACACUUUCUUGCUUUAGUGAGGAUGCUAAGAAAGUUGGGAGGAUUCAGGUUAUUGUAUUUCAAUCCAUGAACAGAGAUGCAUGGAAGCAAAGAGAUAGAGGAAAUUCUCUUGUAGCAUAUACAGGUGAUAGCACAUUUGACACAAUAGCUGAUACAGAUUGUAUGGACAUGACACCAAGCAUGCAGGAAGCUUUGCACCUAUCAAAUCUAGAAGUAAGUGGUGCAGAGUAUGUUAGGAAGGAAGUACCACUAAAAGUUGUGCCAGCUAUUCCACUGCUAAAGCUCGAACAUCCUUUAAAUUCAUUCACAGAUUUGCAAGAAGAAUUGUUCAAAGAGGACCAAGCAGCAUAUAAAGAAGCUAUUUCACAUAAUGUACAAGAUGGGAAAAUACAUCCUCUUACUUUCAUUCAUCUCGAUUCGACCUACCAGGCUAUACUGUGCAAGUUGAUGGAAUAUUGUUUAAGCCCAGCGAUAAGUGCACUACAAGACACUUUGAAGGAAAACGAAAUUCGGUUAUCCAUAUUAAUGAAGGAGGUCAAGUCAUUGGAAACUGAAGGCCAUGGCCGGGAGAACGAGUCAAGCUUCGGACCUCCACGGCGUGCCAGCCGGAGGGGGGCGUUUUGA